GGAAUGGAAUCUAGGGUUCUUUCGAUGGCGGACGAAUCCGGCGGUGGCGAUGGCGGCAGUGGCGGCGAUCCAGAGUGGCCGUCGGUGGAUGGCGCGCUGGGAGCGCAGCCGGAGAAGGCAUUGAAUCAGGCGCGCCUCCUCUUCUACGCGGGAUUCUUGCUCCUUCCCUGGCUGUGGUUCAUGAAUUGCUUCUACUUCUGGCCAGUUCUUCGCAGCCGCGCGCACAGCGCCAUUCGACCCUAUGUCGUGCUUUCGGGCAUUGGAUUCCUAGCCUACAGCGCGAUUCUACUAUCGUGGGCGCUCGCAUUCUCGAUCGGCGGAGAGGCGAUUGUGGGACGAACCCUAUGGAAGAAGCUCGCAGUGAUGACAAUCGUGGAAGAGUACCAAUUGAAUUAAAAGCUUUCGAUUCCUCGCC